GCGUCAACAGGACAGAGUUUACGAUUAUCGAUAAGAAAAUAUUUUCUAGGCAAAUUCGGGGUUUUUAAGUUAUCAAGAAAAUGUCACUGAUUGAGAGUGGGUGGUUUCGUGAGAUGAAUGAUCAAUGGGAAGGGUACAGUGUAGGACUGAAGAUAGACAAAGUGUUAUAUGAAGGAAGGUCCGACUAUCAAGACAUUCUCGUUUUCAAAAGUUCCUCAUUUGGCAAUGUGCUAGUGUUAGAUGGAUGUAUUCAGUGUACUGAGAGAGAUGAAUGCUGCUACCAGGAAAUGAUUGCUCAUCUACCACUCUGUUGCCAUGCCAACCCCAAAAAUGUGCUUGUUGUUGGAGGAGGAGAUGGAGGUGUGGUCAGGGAGGUUCUCAAACAUGACUCUGUAGAGAAAGUUACACUCUGUGAAAUUGAUGAGAAAGUGAUAGAGGUAUGUAAGGAGUUUUUACCAGAUAUGGCAAAUUCUCUGUCAGAUUCACGAUGCCAUGUACAUAUUGGUGACGGAGUACAGUAUAUGAAGGAAAACAAGAACUGUUUUGAUGUAAUUAUCACUGAUGCUCCAGAUCCCAUUGGGGCAGCUAAAGGACUAUAUGAGUUGGACUACUACAGGUGUUUAAAGGCAGCACUUAAACCUAAUGGUAUCAUAUGCAGCCAAGGUGAAAACCUCUGGCUUGAUCUUCCAAUUGUUGAGAAGUUGCUGACAGGGUGCCGCAGUUUAUUUCCUAGCACAGGAUAUGCAUUUGCGGGCAUGCCAACAUAUGCUAGCGGGCAGAUUGGAUUUGUUAUGGCCAGUACAAACUCAGAUUUAAGUUUUAAUAAUCCAGCAAGGACAUUCACGGAUGAGAUGGUAAACAAACUGGAUUUGAAAUUUUACAGUUCUGAAAUACAUAAGGCAGCCUUUGUAUUGCCAACAUUUGCUAAGAAGGUUUUGUUUCCGAAGUCUGGUACUCAGAAGAAUGGAGUUGUUCAUGAUAGAGGCACAUAGGUUAGAGUAACCUCCCCUUGAUAGAGCUGGUACAGUGGAGGUCUACACUUCUACCCCAUAUCAACUUCAAUAUUGAUACACCUGUCUUAACAUUCCAGAUCAUUUCACUUCAUUUCUUGUAUUUACCGGUUAUGUAACAAGUGCUUAGUAUCAUAUAAGUGCUUUAGAAUUGUGCAUAAUUUUACCUUACCUUAAUGUCUGACAAAUGAUCUUUGCCCCUCAGCCUGUUAGUGUUUGUUACCUUAUUAGAAAGUUUUCUGUUUUUAUUAUGCAUUUUUAUGGCUACUAACUUAAUUCAGUGACAUCUACUAGCAUAAUAUACCACAAGCUGUAUUUACGAUGCCAUCAAUUGCCAUUUGUCAUUUACAUCUAUCACCCAUCAAGAAGCUCAUCAGACAAAGGCCAGUUCUUAACAUUUUCGUCAUUCCAUCACCUUACGACUGUACGAUAUGAGCCUGCAUAUCCGCACAGUCUGGUCAGGAUCCAUGCUGUUCGCUAACAGUUUCUCUAAUAGCAAUAGGCUUUGAAAGCGGAUGUGCAGGCUGGUCUGGAUCCAUGCUGGUCGCAAAGCCACUAUGUUGGUUUUCUCAUGGCGCAGCUCAUUUAUUUGUUGACUUCUGAUGUACUUGUUUUCUGAAUAUGCUUGAAAUCCAGUCCUGCUAUGUUGUUUCCGGACUACUGUAAAAGCACAUAUUUUCGCUGGGUCAAAACUUUGCGAAUUUGAAAUUUUGAGUAAGUUCGCAAGGUUUAAUUAAUAUUCGCAAAAUUGUAAAAAUGGUAUCCUACUUGAAUUUGAAUUAUACUGAUGGUCAAUGUUUAUGCGAGGAUAAAUUUUCACGAGAUGUAGGGCCUUGCUAAUAUAGUGAAAAUUAAACCCUCGCGAAAAUUUCUGCUUUUACAGUAUCCACUGCCUUCUCGCAUCAUGAUCGUCAUCUUAAGUAACCUUACCUCACUCUGUAUGGAGUACAUUCACGAUUUUGUUUUAAAAUUUUAGAUGAAAUUUGGAAUAAUAGAGUUAAGUUUUCACUAGAUUGGUAAAUUUGAUUUUAUAAUGAGUACUGUUUCUGACUAAAUGUUACUGACAUAACUUCUUCUGUUAACUUUAGAAAUUAUCUUUAUUUAGAUUUUGAAAGGAUUUAAUUUUUUGACAACUGUCCUGGAGAUUUUAGAAAUAGCAGUAUUUCCAAACAGUCCCAAAUUCAUACAUUUUACAUGCAGAGUGCAGUUUCAUAGUGUUUGAACUACGUCAAAGCAUAAAGAACUUCUUCUAGUGUCAGACAAGUUGAAUUUUUACAUUAUAAACAAGGACAUUGUGGCCCUUUAAACAUUUAUCAUCUUUCUGUGCUAAUUGUUUUAGAAAAAAAACUCAGAGACAUGUUUUAUUUGUUUAAUUCUAAACAGUAGAAUACUCUGUUGAACCGAUGGUUUGACAAUUAUUGUUAUGCUGAUUUGCCCAAUUAAACUAAAACUUGUUGCAGAUAUUGUUUAAAGAUAAAGGCAUGCUAGAGAUGUUGUAGAGUAAUUGUUUUGUCUUGCCAUUUUUUACAUGUAUUUUAUAAGAUUUUACAUGUUUUCUUCUUUAAAUUUCUUUAAUUUCUCCUUGUAAAUAUGUUUCACUGUUUGUAUAAUUAUGUCUCCCACACCACUUUGGUGGGAGACAUAUUGAUUUACUCGUGUCUGUAUGUGUGUCCGUCUGUCCCAAAUCUUGCCCACACUCUAAGUCGAAUAUUUCUCAUCCGAUUUUCACCAAACUUGAAACAAAUGUGUUUGCCAAUAAGUCUUCGGCCAAGUUCGAUAACUAGCCAAAUCGGCCCAGGCACUUCGGAAUUAUGGCCCUUGAAUUACCAUAUACAAGUCUUGGUGCAUGGUUGACUCAGAUAUAUAAUGGAGAAGAAAUGCCAAUCUAGAUGGUUAGGCAGUUGUGGGAGACAUGUACUUUAGUCAAAAGCAGCUCUAGAUUUUUUAGCUCACCUGAGCAUGAAGUGAUCCUGGUGAGCCGUAAGGAUCAUUGGAUGUCUGUCAUCCAGUGAUUUUCUUGAAAGAAUGUCUCCAACCAAAUCACAUAUUUAAACAAACCAUCGUAGGAAUGUUUCUUUUGUUGGCCCCUUUCAGAUUUGUUGAAAUCUAGGUCAUCCAUGUAUAAUCCUGGUUGCCAUGGCAGCCAAAACAAAAAACGUUCUAAAAUUUUCUUCUUGGUAACCACUGGCAUGGUCUCAAACUAAUUACUCAGAAAUAUUCCUUUGGUGACCCUCUUUCAAACCAUAUUGAUUUGUUUAAAAAGAACAUGACUGCCAGGGGCUAGGGUUAGUUUUCUCAUUUUUGUACCCCCCCCCCCCCCGACAACAAAGUUGUAAGGGGGGGGGUAUACUGGUUACAGGUUGUCUGUCUGUCCGUCUGUCUGUCCGUAGACACAAUCGUGUGCGCACCAUCUCUCCGCAUCCCCUUGACACAAUUUAAUGAAACUUCACAAGUGAUCAGUAACAACAGUAGUUGUGCGUGGGGCAUGUUAGGUUCUUUCAGAAAAAAUACUUGCAGAGUUAUUGGACUUUGUUUUUUGUUACUAUACUAUAUACGUAGACACAAUCAUGUGCGCACCAUCUCUCCUCAUCCCCUUGACACAAUUUAAUGAAACUUCCCACAAGUGAUCAGUAACAACAGUAGUUGUGCAUGGGGCAUGUUAGGUUCUUUCAGAAAAAAAAACUUGCAGAGUUAUGGGAGUUUGUUUUUUGUUACUAUACUAUAUACAUAGACACAAUCUUGUGCACACCAUCUCUCCUCAUCCACUUGACACAAUUUUAUGAAACUUCACACAAGUGAUCAGUAACAACAGUAGUUGUGCAUGGGGCAUGUUAGGUUCUUUCAGAAAAAAAAUUGCAGAGUAAUGGGACUUUGUUUUUUGUUACUAAACUAUAUACGUAGACACAAUCUUGUGCGCACCAUCUCUCCUCAUCCCUUGACACAAUUUAA